AACUCGUGAUUCUAUGAGAUGAGCCUGAUGGCAUAUUUUUCUUCUUUUUUAACAGGCACCCUCUGUUUGGUCGCAAUGUUCCUCUUUCUAGUGGAUCUGGGUUUAUUAUGUCGGAUACAGGUUUAAUUGUGACCAAUGCCCAUGUUGUAUCUAGCACUAGUACCGCGACUGGACGGCAGCAGUUAAAAGUGCAGCUACAAGAUGGAGACACUUAUGAAGCAAAAAUCAAAGACAUUGAUAAGAAGUCUGAUAUAGCAACAAUAAAGAUCAAUCCACGGAAAAAACUGCCUGCUUUGUCAAUGGGACAGUCUGGUGAUCUGAGGCCUGGGGAAUUUGUGGUGGCUAUUGGGAGCCCAUUUGCCUUACAGAAUACAGUGACAACAGGUAUUGUCAGUACAGCCCAACGGGAUGGCAAGGAGUUGGGCUUGAAGGAUUCAGAUAUGGAUUACAUUCAGACAGAUGCUAUUAUCAAUGUAAGUAAACAUGUACUUGCUGUUUUAAUG